UGUGUGUGUGUUCCUCUUUUCAUGUUGCGGUUGUUAGAGGAAAAAAUUCUUAGACAAUUUUUGAUUUUCUAAUUUAAAUUACAUAAAUUUACGAUUUCGGUGAAUUAGAAAUUGAAGACAUUAAUAAACUACACAUCGAAUUAUUUAUAAAUUCUUGGUUGAUAUAAAAAUUUAAGCAAUAUUUCACAUACAAAACGGACAAGACAUUACAAAAGGCAGCCAUAAAAAGAACUGAUCAUAAGGGAAUUGGAGAGAAAAACACAAAAAUACAAAAGAAAAGAUGUCAACAACAUAUAAAUUUGGUUCUGUAAAAUUGACAAAAUGGCAGUUGGCCUUGUUGGUGGGAACACCUCUAGCCAUUGGCAUGGGUGUAUAUGUGUACAAAAAGAUGAAUACCGUAACAGAAACAGACGGAGGAGAUAAAACAAAAAAAUCUUCGAAAUCCAAGCAAUCAUUGGAAUCGAGUAAACAGUCAUUAUCCAUAGAUGGCACUAGCGAAGAUAAGGAAUUGGAGAAGAAGAAAAAGAAUGUGGAAUUGGAGAACGAGAAAUUGUCUCCCAUUAAAGAGGCCACGAUGUUUAAGACUGAGGGCAAUAUAUGCUAUCGCAAUGGCAAAUUUGAUGAAGCCAUUAGUUUCUACGAUAAGGCCAUUGAUAAGUGCCCCAAAGAGAAUAAAACCGACUUAGCCAUUUUCUAUCAGAACAGAGCAGCUUCAUAUGAAAUGUUACGUAAAUGGCCCAAAGUCAAAGAAGAUUGUUCUAAAUCUUUGGAAUGUAAUCCACGUUAUGCAAAGGCCUAUUUCCGAAGGGCCAAGGCCUUUGAGGCCACCAAUGAAAUGUCAGAAUGUUUGGAUGAUGUAACGGCUACUUGUAUUUUAGAAAUGUUUCAAAACAACAAUACUAUUAUGUAUGCAGAUCGUAUACUAAAACAGACGGGACGCGAAGACGCCGAAAAGGGUAUGAAAGAUAAGUUGCCACUAUUACCCUCAAGAAGUUUCAUUACCACUUAUUUGCGCUCUUUUGUGGCUGAUCCUUUGCAAACUAUGCGUUUGCCUGAGUCAGAGUUAGCACAAGAUAAGUUACAUGGUUUUGCUCGUGCCAAGCAGGCAUUGGAUGAGCAAAAGUAUGAUGAAAUUAUUGCGGCAUGCACUGAAGAGUUGGAAUCUUCUGAAUCGGAAUCACAAUAUAAGACAGAGGCUCUUUUGUUGAGAGGUACCUUCCAUUUGUUAUCGGGUUCAUUCAAUGAAGCCAAACAGGAUUUGGAUGCCGUUAUAAAUAAUGAUGAUGCUGAUACCAAAUAUAAAUGUUUUGCCUUAAUUAGACGUGCUUCGUACUUUAUACAAUUAGAACAAAAAGAUUUAGGUCUAGAUGACUUCGCUCAAGCCCAAAAACUUGACCCCGAAAAUCCCGACCUCUAUCAUCAAAGAGCUCAAAUAUACAUUUUACUCGACCAGCUACACGAAGCUCUGCAGGAAUUCGAGAAGGCUGUAAAACUGGCACCUCACAAUGCCAUGGCAUUUGUACAGAAAUGUUAUGCUGAAUAUCGUUUGGCUUUGAUGUCGCAGGAUCAAAUGCGUCUAAUGAUGGUGAUGAAUGAAUUUAAAAAUGCCGUCGAGAAAUUCCCCGAUUGUGUGGAAUGCUAUAGUUUAAUGGCACAAGUAUUAAGUGAUCAACAGCAAUUCCAGCAAGCCGAUCAGUUCUAUGAAAAAGCCAUUAAAAUGGCACCAGAAAAUGCAUCACUUCUGGUACAUCGCGGCAUAAUGACUCUACAGUGGGUGGGUGAUAUUGAAAAAGCUGUGGGCCUAAUGCAGAAAUCUAUUGAAGUAGAUGAUAAAUGUGAACUGGCCUACGAAACUUUGGGUACAAUCGAAGUGCAACGUGCCAAUUUGGAUAGAGCGGUGGAUUUGUUUGAAAAGGCGAUUAAAUUGGCAAAAAGUCAAGCUGAAAUGUGUCAUUUAUAUGCUUUGCGUAAUGCUGCUGUGGCACAAAUCAAUGUUACACGUAAACUGGGUAUUGAUAUGUCGACGAUAUCGGCUUUGGCGCAAGCGGGUAUUAUGCCACCACAAGCUGCAGCUAAUUGAAAAAUUUAAGUUAACUUUAUAUUCUAAUACUACAACUUUAAAAUCUUUAUUAUUUCUUAUUCUUUCUUUGACCUUAUUCUUUUAUUACAUAAUUGAUAAUUUUUUUUAUCAAAUAUUUUUUAGUUUUUUAUAUAAAUUAAAGACAUUUAACCACAAGCACCACAGCCAUUUUUACUUAUACUUCUAACGCGAACAAGAAAUACGUUUUUCAAGAAAUUUAAAUAAUUGUUUUAAUUUAUCAAGAAUUUAACACUUUUGAAAGAAUAUGAAGUAUGCAAUUAAACAUUAUUGAAUUUAUGCAACAAAAGUAAACAACAAUUUUGUUAAUUAUCAAAUUAUGUUUUUGACUAUUUUUACUAAUUUAGUAAUAAAAUCAGUAACAAUUUAUUUAACUUGCACAUACAUUCAGUCAUUAUCCGCUGCAUUGCAUUGUAUUUAAUGAAAAAAAAAAUAUAUUUUUAAUUUUUGUUAAAAUUUUUUGUUUUCUUUAUAUAAAAACUACAAAUAAACUGAUAUACAAAAAAUCCACCCUUGUCGCAUUUUACGCCUACGACAAUUUCGUAUUAGAUUAAAGAAUUAGUUUGCAUUUUAUCGUUAAUCUAGUACGAAACUGUCGUAGGGGUAAAACGUUUACGCCAACCACGAUAAGGUUGAUUAUAUUUUAUUAUUUCAAUUUAUCACCCCCUUUCUUUAUAUCGAACAUAUACCCCGCCAAUUUUAAAAGAUUUUUUAUUUUAUAUUUCGUUAUUAACAAAUUCUUAGUUUUUAUUUCACAGUUCUGUAAAAUAUACAACAAAAAUAUCUAAAACAAAAUGAAAUAAAACAAAUAAUAUUGUUAAACAAUUUAGACCAAAAUAACCAAAUAAUUUAAAUAAAAAGAUAAUUAAAAUAA